AUGUUUAGUUUUGAAGAGGAAACAACAACAACAACAUCGGUACCAGUUGCAAAUGCUACUAUUGUUGAUGAUGAUGAUCAAAAACAAGAAGGAAAUGAAGAAGAAUUUACUAUACAGGGUGAUCAACAAGUAAAACAACAACAACAACCAAUUAAACAACAAUAUGUUCCGGUUGAGACUAUUGAUAUUAAUUAUGAAAAGGUUAAAGAUUGGCUUGUAAAUAGAAACUUUUUACCUUCCGAUUAUGUAAAACAAUUAAAACAAAUUAGAGGUUAUAUUAAACAUGCUUUUAAAGAAUUGAAGGAUAAACAUGAAGAAGUGAAAAGCAAGGAAUCAGAAAAACCAGUUACAGAAUUAUUAGAGAAAAUUAAUCAACUUUCUCAAGAAUCACAAGAUGAAUUGGCAGUGAUUGAUUACUUUAUAACGAAGGAAAUUGUUCAAGUUUUGGAGAAGGCUGAUUCAUCGGAAGGAAGUGGUUAUUUGUUUGGUCUUGUUGGUGGAUCUAAGAGACUUAAAUUGUGGAAACAUGUUUUACAAAGUUAUGAAGCAAACAAUCUCCAUUUGGCCGAGAUUUCAGGAUAUAUUAUCCAGAAUGUAAAAUAUGAAAUUCCUUCCAUGUCAAGCUCACUUUUAUCAUUAAGAAAUCAAUUGGAAAGUAUUGACAGAAAGGAAGACGAUUGGAAGAGAUCCCUUGAAAUAGCCAAGAGAGAAUUUACCGAGUCUUGUGAAAAACUUUCUAUUAAUAGGGAAAAAAUUGAAAGCAUGAUUCAAUUUGCUUCGAGUGGUUCUAGUGUUGGUGUUGAUAUUGAGGAUGAAAUUAAGAGUGCUGUAUCAGAUCUUCCACAAUUUUAUGAAAAUAUUGUAGUGUCAUGUAAGGAUGCCAAGUUCAAGAAGGCAGUUGAUUAUUAUGAAGAUUUUACAUCAUUUUUCAAUAAGAACAAGGUUAGGGAAGAUUUAACUUGUCUCAAGUUUGUCCUUUCCAAUUUGGAAAAGUCGACACUUUCCAUGUAUGAUUGGAAAUUGUUCAACAAUCAAUCAUUACCUUCUGUGGAUGAAGAAAAAGUACAAUCCUACAUUCAAAAAUUAAAAGAUGAAGAAAGCAAGAAGGCCAACAAAUCAAAUGAACCACAAAUUGACUUUGGUGAUUUUGAAUUUUCAACUGAGGGCAAUGUAGAAAUUAAUUGGGAUACUGGUGUGGAAGAGAAUAAGGAAAUUGAAAUCAAAUUUGAUGAUGUUGCUCAAGAGAAAGAACUCGAGAUUGAUUUUGGAGAUUUUAGUACUGAUGAUGUGGGUGGUUUUUCAAUGGAUUCUGUCGAUAUUUCCAGCAAUACCAAUGACGAAGACAGUAUCAAAUUGGUUGCAGAGUUGAGAAUGAAAUCCUUCCUUGAUGAUGAAGAUGUCAGAGCUCUCUUCUCCAACAAUCUCUUCCAAUUAUAUGCCUUUGUACAACAACGAGUUAUUGAGGUAACAAAGAAUUCAUCACUCGAUAGUGAAAUUUUCAGUUCUGCUCCAAACUCUAUCAAAUCCAUCACCAAAGAAGAAAUUCAAAACCUUAUGCAUGCAACUGGUAAUGUAGUCACUACUCUCAAUAACCAUCGUUUCAAACAACUCAUUCUCAUCAAGACCUCGAAGAAGUUUGUGGAACGUCUCGUUCAAUCCCUCACACAAAAGCUUGAAAUUAUGAGCAAGACAAAGACCAACUUGGAAGGUGUAGACUCCCAACGUUCCUCUCUCAAUAAUUCCAUCAAGAACCAACAACCAACUGUUCUGAAAAUCAAAAAGCAAACCAAAGACUAUCAAGACUUUAUUCAAAAGAAUCUUUCUGAAAAGCUUGGAAAGAGAGUUGUUAUUUUCGGUGAAAUAAACAAGAUUUAA